UCCUCCAAAUAACUUCCUAAAUACAACACCAAAGUGAAAAACACAAAUAAACAGAAAGAAAAUCUCUCAACCAUACAUGGCCAAGUCCACCAUCGUCUCUUCCGUGCUCCUUCUUGUCUGCGUCCUGGUUUCAAAGCCAGCGCUCGCCGCCGUUGAGCCAGCACCGGGAUACGACGUCUCCCUCGAGGUGUGCAUCAAGAAAAUGACUCAGCCAUGCGGGCUGGAGCUCUUCCACAACAUCUUCCACGACGGCCCUGAAGUGAGUGACUCUUGCUGCGGUAUCCUGGUGGAGAUGGGCGAUCCUUGCCACUCGGAAUUUGUCGACGUCGUCCUCAGCAAUGACAAUUUCUAUGCUCGCACCGCCGACUAUCUGAAGAGAAGCUUAAGCGCAUGGAAGCGCUGUAAAUCGAUUGUUAACGGGCACUGAUGCACCAGCUUCUCCGUAAUAUAGGGGCGUUACUUGUUAUGUGGGGUUUCGGGCACAUAUGUUCAAG